AUGGCCCCAAAAGGAGAAACCGUCCCUGUACCUCAUAUGCCAUCUGGCGACCAAUCUGGCUUCAUGUCGAGAAUGGCGACCAAAGCUAAAGACACAGAGGCUCACAAGAAUACCGUCGACUCAUAUGCUCAAUUCUGGGAUGCCGACCAUAAGAACCUUGCAAACACUGAGGAAUCUAUUGCAAACCGUCGUGAAAAAUAUGCUCAAUUGACAAACCAUUACUAUGACUUGGUUACUGACUUUUACGAAUAUGGUAUGACGGAUCCUGUACCUGAUUUAUACAAUCAUUUGCGGUCAAAGAGGGAUGAAGCUGGAUGGGGUCAAUCCUUCCACUUUGCUAGAAUGUUCCAAGGUGACACUUUCGUGCAGGCUAUUGCCCGUCAUGAGCAAUACUUGGCAGCUAGAUUGGGCUUGAAGCCUGGAAUGACUGCUAUUGAUAUCGGAUGUGGUGUCGGUGGUCCCAUGCGCGAAGUCAUUCGAUGCACUGGUGCUAAUGUCAUUGGUCUAAACAACAAUGCAUACCAAGUAGAACGUGCCAAUAAAUUAAACAAGUCUAUGAAGUUAGAGGGAUACGGAAAGGCCAUCAAGGGCGAUUUCAUGAAGAUGCCCUUCCCAGAUGCACACGUUGAUGCUGCUUAUGCUUUCGAAGCCUGUGUACAUGCUCCUCGUUUGGAAGGUGUAUACUCUGAAGUCUUCCGUGUGUUGAAGCCUGGAGGAUACUUUGCCAACUAUGAAUGGGCUACCACUGCCAAAUACGAUGAAAACAACUUGGUCCAAAAGAAGAUUAUCAACGAGAUUGAGGAAGGCGACUCUCUUCCCAAGCUUUACACCAUUGAGCAAGUCAAGGCUGCCAUUCGAUCUGUCGGCUUUGAAUUGAUUGACUGCCAAGACUUUGCUGACCCAGAUGCUCCCAUGUCUUCUGGCCAAGAACCUUGGUACUCUCCUCUACAAGGAUCUUACUCUCUUCAAAUGGAUCAGUUAUACAGAUGGCGCAUGAAUCCCGUUGGUCGAAUAAUGACAUCUAUCUUCACCUGGUUUAUGGAAUUGGUCCGCCUAGCUCCACCAGGAACGUGCAAGGUCUCACUGUUGCUAAACCUCGCCGCCGCAGCGCUGGUGAAGGGUGGUGAAGAGCACUUGUUUACUCCUAUGUUUUUCUUCUUGGCACGAAAGCCCGAAACCCCAGCAGCUGGAGGUGGUAGACAACGUGCAACCAACGGUGCUAGCCAUUAA